GUUUGGUUGUGAUUUUUGAACCCUAAUAUGCCUAACGCACAGUAACACCCCUCUUGGCCUCUGCUCUCCAGCACGCAGAAGCCGAACGCAAAGCAGCACGCAGUAACACCCUAGCCCAAGGUUCCUUGCCGCCGCCGUCCCCAGGUUCUCGGCGCUUCCACUUCUUACUCUUCCCCCCUGUCCGGAACCCAGGUAGCUCAGCUCGUCGUCCCCAUCUUCCCUGGCUUCUCUGUUCGUGGCUUGGAGCAGCUCGCCGUUGGGUCGCCGCUUGCCAUCGCCUCGCCUAUCGCCGUCGUCUCGCCGGUUGCCAUCCGUGUCUUCGUCGAAGAAGGUUCAGUGUUGGCUUCAACUUUCAAAUGGGAAUUGGGAGCUGGUGAAGAUAAUAACAUCUUUUGGAGCUGAGUCUGUUGUUUCACUGCCUGAUGGAAAAAUAAAGAAGAAUGGGAGGAGGAGAUACUUGUAUUCCUUCACAAAUUAUUUAGGAGAACAAAGUAAUGGAUACUGCUAUUGAUACUGCUCCAGCUCCUGAUGCACCACAAUGUUGCUAUUGAUUCUCACCCGGUUUUCACUCGUUCCAAAGGUGAAGCUCUUGAGGCGACGCAUGGCAGAAGCUGGCUGUGCUGUGAAGGACAAUUUUUUCAGAGCUGUUGUUUGCCAAGGAAGGAAAGGCAUGGCUUAUUUUGCUCUUGGUCACGGGAUAUUUGUGUGCAGUAACCAUGUGAGAUUUCAAGAUGAGGUCAACCAGUUGAUAAUUCAUGAGCUAAUUCAUGCAUAUGAUGACUGCCGUGCUGUCAAUUUACAAUGGAAUAAUUGUGCUCACCAAGCUUGUAGUGAGAUACGAGCUGGUCAUUUAAGCGGCGAUUGUCAUUUCAUGCGGGAACUACUUCGUGGUCAUUUCAAAUUGCGAGGGCAUGAACCGGAGUGUAUUAGAAGAAGAGUCUUGUUAUCUUUGUUUUCAAACCCCAAUUGUGUUGGUUCAGCUGCCAAGGAUUCAAUGGAAGAUGUAUGGGAUAUUUGUUACAAUGACACACAGCCAUUUGAUAAAGCUCCUUAAGAAAUUGCAUGGAUUGGUAGUGUUACCAUUUUAGUGGGAUAAAGCUUUGUGAUGGUUGGUAGUGUUACCCUUCUUGCUAUUCUUUCUGUGACUAACACAGUUUUGGAGGAAGACCGGCUUAAUGACCCAAUGUUGAGAAUUAAUUAUACAAAUCAUUGAAGGCUUGUUAUUGUUAUGGUGUAAAUUUCAAUUAAUUUUUCUCUGUUCAACAGAUCUUCUAUAAUUAUUUUAGGGUAUAUGCUCAAUUUAAUUCCUUUAUGAUUGAUUGAGUCAUUUUAGUUUAAGAAAUUGUCAAUUCGGAGUCAAAAGUCCAUCAAAUAGUUUUCCGUUAAACAGCAUUACUGGUGAUGCGAAUAGUUAUAGUAAUGCCAAUGCUGGGGUCCAUCCUCUUAAUAGGCACUACCAGCAUUAAUUAACACUCACAGUAGCAAUAUGGCAAAGUAAUAUAUGUUUACUCUAUUGACAAAUGAGAAGUACUCAAUUGAUAUAUAAGGCAAGAAUCAGUGAAACAGUAUACCGAUACCACCCUGAAUUCAAGGGAGGUCUGCACUAUCAAAUAGCAACGUAAUACCUAUCCUUUUUUUACACUAUAAUUCCCUUUUGAUAUCACAACCCAUUUUCCAGUCUGUUGUAACUAAUUCUGACCUCAGCACAAGCUAAUAAUUCUCUGCGAUGUACUACUAUUUACUUCUCGUGGUCUUUUAUCUAUAUGGGUGUUUUUUUCACCUUUUUGUUAUUUGAGUUAUUCUGUAUAAUAGCUUUAUUAGGCCAUCCUCUUGU